AUAGGACCAUCAUCAUAGACGUCACUGCAGUGCUCCUUCCCUUGCAACUUGUCUUCCAACUUGUGAGGGUCACUCUCUCUUCCUCAGCAUGAUAUCUUUCUUAUGCCUUUGGCCAUUAUCCAUCCCUUCUUUCAUCUUAUUAUUCACCAGCAGUAUCUCCAUUCCUCUUCACCAUCACCAUGCCAAGAAUGCAUGGAGAAGUCAUAUGGCCCAGGUUGGUAGCCAGUAAGAUCCUUAGAAAGACAAUGGGAAGCAACAAUUUUGUUGCCGAUUUUACGACCAACUCUGAAUCUUUGCUGGAGCUUCCAUGCUUAGAACAACAAUCUCUCAGCUCUAAUGGCGUCACCGUUAAUGAUCAACGGGAGACACACAACUAUAAGGUUUUUGUUAGGACAUGGAAUGUUGGUGGGAUUGCACCAUCAGAUGCCUUGAACAUGGAGGAUUUGCUAGAGACAUGCAACAGCACUUCUUGUGACAUCUACGUUUUUGGGUUUCAGGAAGUUGUGCCACUACGAGCAUCGAAUAUCCUAGGAUCAGAGAAUAAUAGAAUCACAAUGACAUGGAAUUCCUUGAUCAGAGAAGCUCUAAACAAGAAGUCAUGCAUCCGAGAGAGAAAUGACAAAGGCAAACUAGAAGAGACCCAAAUCAGUGAUGGAAAUUCAAUUGAAAGUAGCAUUCCACUUGAGUUUCGGUGUAUCAUUUCUAAGCAAAUGGUUGGGAUAUCGAUAUCAGUUUGGGUUCGAAUUGAUCUUUGCCCUUAUAUUAGGAACCCUAGUGUUUCAUGUGUAGGCUGUGGCAUCAUGGGUUGCUUAGGAAAUAAGGGUUCUGUGUCAGUUAGAUUUCGGUUACAUGAAACAAGCUUCUGCUUUGUGUGUACUCAUCUAGCUUCAGGGGGCAGAGACGGUGAUGAGAAGUAUAGGAACUCCAACAUGGCUGAAAUUUUGUCGCGAACAAGCUUUCCUGGAGGUCCUGCACUUGAUUUGCCAAGAUCGAUUGUAGAUCACGAUCAAGUAAUUUUGCUUGGAGACUUGAAUUAUAGGAUCUCUCUACCCGAAUCAGCAACCCGAGCAUUAGUAGAUAAAGGAGAUUGGAAUGCUUUACUACAAAAUGAUCAGCUAAGCAUGGAGCUAAUGGAUGGUCAAGUAUUAGAAGGAUGGCAUGAAGGAACAAUCAAAUUUGGUCCUACAUACAAGUAUUAUCCAAAUUCUGAUGAAUACUAUGGUGGGGUUGAAGGCAAAAAAAGCAAAAAGAAUCGCAGUCCUGCAUGGUGUGAUCGGAUAAUUUGGUUUGGGGAAGGGUUAAAGCAACACCUAUAUGCUAGAGAAGAAUCAAGGUUAUCUGAUCACCGACCAGUGAAGGCAAUUUUCUCUGCCCAAGUAGAGGUUUUACGAAGAUUGAAAGGAUUACGAAAUUUCUUCCCAUCAGAGAGGUUUGAAUAGAUCAAAAGCCGGAUAGACUCGUCAAAUAAUGACCUAUCAAGCUUUCAAAUUAAGAGUUAAAUUGUCUCCAUGGUGUGACCAUGUACUAUAUUAUAUUUGAAAAUAAAAAAAUAAAAUAAAAUGGUGUAAGAGAAGCUUCUAUUAUAUUACUAUAAAUUUGCU